AUGGCGAGGAUAGCGCUGCGCCUCGGCUGCGUGCUUUUCGCUGGGCUCCUGGUCACAGCCACGCGGUUAGUCCGGGCCAACACCAGGGGGGUAGGGUCUACGGACGAGGACAGGGACAAGGAGGGCGACGCGGAGACUCCGUGCGAGCUCAAAACCGUCACCGUGUCUACUCUGCCUGUGCUCCGGGAGAACGAGUUCAGCUUCACCGGCGGAGCGCCCGGGAGUGGUGUCGGCGGCGGAGGGGGAAGUGUUGGGGGGACAGGUGGCGCUGCCGGGGCAGGAGGGGGGGAGUCCCGGCUCCUCUUAUUCGUUCGGACUGACAUACCCGGGCGAAUCUCCGUAAUGGAUGAUCUCGACAACACAGCUCUCCCUUACUUUACACUCGAAAUGUCUGGGACAGUGGAGGAUAUCUCUCAGGUGCACUGGAAACAGCAGUGGCUAGAGAAUGGGACUCUGUACUUCCACGUGUCUUUGACAGAGUCAGAGCUCCCUCCUGAAUCAACCCAGCCCACAGCCAGAGAGCCAGCCCAUGUCCUCCACGAGCACAUGCACCUCCUCCACAUCUCUGUCAUGGGAGGCCUCAUCGCUCUUCUCCUCCUCAUCCUCCUCUUCACCCUGGUUUUGUACACCCGUCAUCGCUGGUGCAAACGUCGCCGGGUCCCUCAGAAGAGUGCUAGCACUGAAGCUACACAUGAGAUCCACUACAUCCCCUCGGUCCUGCUGGGGCCACAGGGCAGGGACAGCUACCGCGGCUCCAGGAACACGCACCAACAUGGCAGCUCGGUCAUCGGUAUGCCCAUCCGAGAGACACCUAUCCUGGAUGACUACGACUGUGAUGAAGAUGAUCCAAAUGUUCAAAUGUCUUCGUUCAACUCAACGCCCAACCAGAUCCACAACAAGUUGAGUGAUGGGAAGGUGCAGGACGACUACGGCACUAUUGGGGGACAUGCUGACAGGAUGUGCCAAGAAAACAGUUUACAGCGCAAUUUCAACACCCAAGCUGUAGACCCAGAUACAGAGUCAGUGGAGGAUUUGAUGCAGAGGUUCCAGGACAGUUUCCAUGUUCCAAACACGCCAUCGGACAUGUCCCAGUACCAGCACGUCACGCACAGCUCCUCCACCAGCCGCAGGAGGAUCCCCAGCCAUACCAGAGUACCGGUAUUUGGAGGUGUGUUCGGUCCACAAGGAGAGUCUGGGUCAGAGCCAGAAGAUGACAACCAGAUGAAGUUCUACACAGAGCAGCACCGAGGGCGAAGACGUAGCAAAGGACCCCCCCACAGCCCUCUGAAUAAGGUGACUCUGACAUUGAUCACCAUCAGCACAUGUGUCAGUGCCAUUGUGUACGCCACACAGGACUCGUGCCCCCUCACCGUCAAAGUCACCCUGCAUGUGCCCGAGCACUUUGUCGCAGAUGGCAGUAGUUUUGUGGUGAGUGUGGGCAGCUUCCUCGAUGUCUCCAACUGGUUAAACCCGGCCAAGCUCACCCUGUACUACCAGACCAACUCAUCCACUCAGUGGGUGCAGGAUUACUGCGGCCAGAGGACCACGGAGCCCUGCGAGCAGCUUUGUGAUGAGGACACAGGUGAAUGCAGCUGUCAUGAGGGUUAUGCUCCUGACCCUGACCACAAACACCUCUGUGUCCGCAGUGACUGGGCCCGCAACGAAGGUCCUUGGCCCUAUGCCACUCUAGAGAAAGGCUAUGACCUAGUUACUGGACAGCAAGCCCCAGAGCGCAUUUUCAGGUCCUUCUACAGCCUGGGCCAGGGCUUGUGGCUGCCUGUCAGCAAGAGCUUUGUGGUCCCCCCAGUGGAGCUGUCUAUCAACCCUAUCGCCAGCUGUAAAACUGAUGUUCUGGUGACCGAGGAUCCAGGGGAGGUCAGGGAGGAGGCCAUGUUGUCCACUUACUUUGAGAGUGUGGAUGACCUGCUGUCUUCAUUUGGACCUGUGAGGGACUGCUCCAAAGAUAAUGGAGGCUGCAAGAAGAACUUCAAAUGUGUGACUGACCGGCAGCUCGACUCCUCUGGGUGUAUGUGUCCUGAGGGGCUGAGGCCGAUGAAGGAUGGGUCCGGUUGCUAUGACUACUCCCGGGGCAUCGACUGCACUGAUGGCUUCAAUGGCGGCUGCGAACAGCUGUGUCUCCAGCAGCUCGUGCCCCUGGAGGUUGACCCCAGUUCCAGCAACGUGCUCAUGUUUUGUGGGUGCGUGCAGGAAUACAAAUUGUCAGCGGAUGGGCGCUCGUGUGUGCUGCAGUCAGACAACUGUGAAGGAGCCAAGUGCCCACGGCAGGAUGUCCACUUCAAUGACACCCUGUUCGGAGAGAUGCUGCAUGGGUACAACAACAAAACGCAACAAGUCAACCUGGGACAGAUCUUCCAGAUGACCUUCCGAGACAAUAACUACAUCAAGGACUUCCCCCAGCUCGCAGAUGGUCUCAUGGUCAUCCCUCUGCCAGUGGAGGAGCAGUGUCGAGGGGUGCUGUCCGAGCCCCUGCCCAACCUGCAGCUGCUCACAGGGGAUGCUCAGUUCAGUGAGGCAGCAGGUUAUCCGAUGGUACAGCAUUGGAGAGUACGGAGCAACCUCUACAAAGUCAAACUCAGCUCCAUCACCCUAUCUUCAGGUUUUUCUAAGAUACUGAAGACGCUAUCAGCAGAUAGUACACGAGAGGAACUCCUGGCCUUCCUCCAAAAAUUUGGCACCCACUAUGUGUCUGAAGCUUUGUAUGGCUCGGAGCUCAGCUGCAGCAUCCACUUUCCCAGCAAGAAGGCCCAGCAGCAGCUCUGGCUGCAGUACCAGAAAGAGGCUACAGAACAGGGUGCUGCAGGCAGAGGACGAAGGGAGCUGAAGUCACUGCCCUUCAUCAGCUACCUGUCAGCCAUGCAGAAGAGCCAGCUGCUCUCAGACGACAUAGUAAACGGUGUGGAGAUCAGCUGUGAAGAGAAGGGCAGCUGUCCUCCUGGCUGCCACCUGUGUCACCACCAGGGCAUGUUGGGAGCUGUGUCCACCAGAGGGCACAGUGGGAAAGGGAGGAAUGGAGAACAGUCCUCUCCCUCCCCUGUGCUGCUGGACGUAACUCGCGUGGUGCCCCUGUACAGCCUGGUGCAAGACAACAUCACCAAAGAGGCCUUCAAGAGUGCCACAAUGAGCUCAUACUGGUGUGCUGGAAAGGGCGAUGUCAUUGAUAACUGGUGUCGCUGUGACCUGAGUGCCUUCAGCAAAGAUGGCUUGCCUAACUGCAGUCCCCUCAGGCAGCCCAUUUUGCAUCUAGCACCCUAUCUGGAACCCUCAAGCACAAUGGUGGCCCUGGAAUGGACGGAUAUAGAGCCUGUGAUUGGCUACAAGAUCUCGGACUAUGUCAUCCAACAUAAAAGAGUUGAAGACCCUUCUGAACCAGAUGUCUACACAGGAGAAGUUCUGAGCCUGAUGGAGGAUCUGUUCUCCGGCCUGGGUUCGGGGUGUGUGGUGGCUGGGCGGAGGGCAGGGGAGCACCCUCACUCACUCCUUUACUCAGUGCUUUUCAAGUGCCUGGAACCGGACAGCCUCUAUAAGUUCACACUCCAUGCAGUGGACAGUCGAGGAAGUCCAUCUGAGGCCAGUUUUGUGUCAGUGCGCACGUCGUGUCCAAUGGUAGACGACAGGCGAGCUGAAGAGAUUGCAGAUAAGGUGUAUAACUUGUACAAUGGUUACACCAGUGGGAAGGAGCAGCAGAUGGCUUACAACACUUUAAUGGAGGUCUCCCCUCCUCUGCUGUACCGGGUGCAGCACCACUACAACUCCCACUACGAGAAGUUUGGGGACUUUGUGUGGCGCAGUGAGGAUGAGCUGGGGCCCAGGAAAGCCAGCCUGAUCCUGCGGCGUGUGGAGCACAUCAGUCACUACUGCCGCUCACUCUUGUGCAGCUCACACAUCCAGAGCCGCACUGACACUGUGGCCUAUAUGUUCUGUCACGCGGAGGACAGAGGGCAGGCCAGCAGCACACACCACACCUCUUUACACGACAGCCGCCUGUCCUGCAUGGAAAAGCUCAUCUCUGUGCAGAGGAACACAUACAGCAGCACCAAACUGCGGUGA